AUGCCGCUUCUUCGCGCAGUACAUUAUCCCACGACACUCCUCAGGGCUACUAUGCCCCCCAGCACGCUCCACUGUCUUUCUCGCACCCAGCUCCCCAAGCCAACCAUCUCUUCUUUCAAACGACCCCUAUCCACCCCGUCGUCACCUACAACCAAACGCGCCGCCAUCGCCUUCUACUACCCCAACAAGGCCCGCGAACGUCUAGAUAUCGCGGCCUCCAAGCUCCAACAACAACCCAGCCGGGGACCAGUCUCCGAAACAGAAAAGAUCAAGCUCUUGUCCGAAGAGGUGGUGCGGCUGUCGAAGCUACUAGGCGACAUGGGAGCGAAAAUCGCGAAGUUGCAGGACCAGUCGUCUUCGACGAUGAAGCUGCUGGAGUUUAUUCAAGGUCUUGGGAAGGGGAUCGGGUGGGUGGCUUCGGUGACCACCAUCAUGGUUGGUUCUGGGUUUUUCGAGUUGAUGAAUCGAGUCAAAAUAACUAUUUCUUGA